AUAAUACAUAUAAUAAAUUAAGAUGUAUUAUUAAGUAAAAAGAUAUGCCUCAUUAUUAAGCAUUAAAUAUGCAUUUAUUUUAUAAAAAAAAUAAAUAUUUAAAAAGAACGACAACAUCUAUAAAUGUUAUCUUCUAUCAUCUAAACGACGAUGACUGCACUUAGCAGUAGGUAGUAUUGGCAGUCAAUAUUUAACACUCGUUCAAAACACUUGGAUACCAACACACAGCUAAGCUUGCAGAAUAGUUUUCUAGGAAAUCAAACUGAAGAAUAAGAUUAAUCGGUAAUAAUAUGUCUAGUGACAAUGGCCGGACUAGUUUGUAUACUAAGUUCUACAUACCAUUUCAGAUAAUUGGAUUAACACUAAUAUUUUAUGUAUACCAUUGGAUUGUUCAAUAUCGAGGAGGAUUUAGUAUAACUGACCCUAAAAUAAUAUUCAAUUGGCAUCCAUUAUUGAUGACAAUUGCAUUCAUUUAUUUAUUUGCAAAUUCUAUUCUUCAUUAUCGUACAUUUCAGAAUAAUACGAAACGAAAAUUAAAAAACCAACAUGCGCUUAUUCAUGGUUGUAUAUUAAUCCUUAUCGUAGUUGCUGGAUUUGCUGCUUUUGUUUCACACCAAUAUGCUAAACCUCAAAUUCCUCAUUUGUAUUCUUUACACAGUUGGUUAGGAGUUGUCACUAUUGUAAUGUUCUUAUCCCAGCUUUUUAGUGGAUUCUGGUGUUUCUUGUAUCCGGGAUCAGCUGAACGACAUAGAGAAGCUUUGGCACCGUAUCACGUGUUCUUUGGUAUUUCCAUCUUCGUAUUAGCAGUUGCAACUGCCGUACUAGGAUUCUGUGAAAAAAUUAUUUUUUGUUUGGACAAACAAUAUAAACUGCUCCCGGCAGAAGGUGUGCUUGGAAACAUUUUAGGUAUUCUAUGUGUAUUUUACUGUUUAUUAGUGGUUUAUAUGAUUACCAAACCUGAAUUCAAGAGACGCCCUAAACUAGAAUAUGAGACUCUACUUAAAUAAAAUUUUAGAAAAUGUAAGUUGUAAAGUUCUGUUUUUUGUACACUCGAGUAAAAUAAUAUUUAUUUAUAAUAUUAUUAUACUAAAUAUCGAAAUAUUUAUAAACCAUAGAACAAAUUUUUUUCAUUUAUUCGAUUUUGAUUAUUUUUAUAUUUUAGAUGGAUGUAUUUGCAAAUUUAAAUUGUCAUUAAUAUUUUAAUUUUCGUUCAGUAUUAGAUAUUUAUAUUGAAAAUUAAAAUGUAUAAUUAUUAGCUGAAGAAAUCUGUAAUUAAUAAUUAGGUAGGUAUUUCAGUACCUACUAAUUACUUUAUAUAUAAGUCAGUGUCGUACACAGAUAUUUUCAAUGCGUUACAUACAAAGUAUAUUAUAUAUCAAAAUAUUUUUUUAAUUGUAUUCAAUUUUAUAUUUCUAUAUGCGUAAAAAAAUCAAGGGGAGGGGGCAACCUUCCCACCCAUGUGUGUACGCCGCUAAUAUCAAGAACAUGCACAGUUAUGAGGAUCCAUAUGCUAUCGAAAUUGAAUAUUGUAAAGAUUACCUAUAGGUAUUUUAAAUUAUAUAACAACGACUAAAAAAUGUUUAUGAUGUUGUAUAGUAUUGAUAACGAAGUGAUAUAUUUUAUUAUUUCUAUAUUUGUAAUUGUAAUUUAUGAUCAUAACUCCGCUGUACCUAAAUUAUAAUAAGUGAUAUCUAAUACAACUGAUAAUAAAUGUUAUAUAUAAUAUUAAAUAUGUUUAAAUUA